AUAUGACGUAUUUCUGCGAAAUAUUGCAAUAACAUUUUUAUUAUGGCUUAAAAUUAUAACUGAAAAUUUGACAGAUCUUUAUUGUAAAGAGAAGAGAAGAGGGAUAAGUUGUCAUUUCCUGGAACUGAAAGUGAGGGGAUAAUAUUGGAGAAGGGUCCUUCCGAUCAGAGGCAGAUUUUUGUAGAUCACAGUAACAAUCAGCCAUACAACUUUUAUUUUCAGUUCACUAGACACAUCUAAUUGAUGACUAUAAUGACAACAUUCAACUUGAGCAGCUUCAAUCCAGGCCCAUUCAUCCUACUGGGGAUUCCAGGGCUGGAGCAUUUUCACAUCUGGAUAGGGAUUCCCUUCUUUAUUACUUACGUUGUGGCACUUGCAGGCAAUAGCGUCCUUCUCUACCUAAUUUCUAUGGAGCAGAGCCUCCAUGAACCCAUGUUCUUUUUCCUUUCCAUGCUAGCUACUACAGAUCUCAUGCUGUCUAAUACAUGUUUACCAAAAACAUUUAGCAUCUUCUGGCUGGGUCCUCAGGAAAUCACCUUUCCUGGAUGUCUUACUUAGAUGUUUUUUCUCCACUACAGCUUUGCCAUGGAUUCUGCCAUCCUUCUGGCCAUGGCGUUUGAUCAUUAUGUUGCUAUUUGCUUCCCUCUAAGAUACACCACUAUUGUCACUCAUGAAAUUAUUACUAAGAUUGUGGUGGGUAUUAGCAGCAGGAGCUUUUUCUUCCCAUGUGUGUUCCUGUUAAAGCGACUACCUUUCUGUAAAACACUCAUCAUUCCCAACACAUACUGUGAGCACAUAGGCAUUGCCCAGCUUGCCUGUGCGGACAUCUCCAUCAACAUCUGGUAUGGCUUUGCUGUGCCUAUAAUGACUGUCAUAUCAGACCUGAUUCUCACUGGCAUCUCCUACACUCGUAUUCUUCAUGCUAUCUUUAACCUUCCAUCCUUAGAUACCCGCCAGAAAGCCCUCAGCACAUCUGGUUCCCACAUUUGUGUCAUUCUUACAUUCUACACACCAGCCAUAUUCUCCAUCCUUGCCCACCGUUUUGGUCACAAUAUUCCUCAUUCCUUCCACAUACUAUUUGCCAACCUCUACGUAGCUAUCCCCCCUGCACUCAAUCCAAUCAUCUAUGGAGUGAAGACCAAGCAGAUUUGAGACAAAAUCAUCCUCCUCUUUUUCUCUAAGGGAACCAGUGACAUGAAGCUGACAGCUUGGGAAAGAAAUCAGGUAAUUAUAUUGAUUUUCUAGUAUUUCUUAUUUUUUAAAAGCUGGAAUCCUUACAACUUUGACUUAAAUGUAUAUGAA